GACAGACGCCCAGAGGAGUUUCGACUUUAUUCCUUCAUCCACUCGUGAACAUGAUGUCGUACAUGAAACAAGCGCCGUAUCCGGUCACCGGACUGAGUCUGAGCUCCGGGAUGGACCUGCUGCAUCCGUCCAUGGGUUACUCAGCGACUCCGCGCAAACAGCGGCGCGAGCGGACCACCUUCACUCGAGCGCAGCUGGAUGUUCUGGAGACGCUGUUCGCCGAGACGCGCUAUCCGGACAUCUUCAUGCGGGAGGAAGUGGCCUUAAAGAUCAGCCUGCCCGAGUCAAGAGUACAGGUUUGGUUCAAAAAUCGCAGAGCAAAGUGUCGUCAACAGCAGCAGCAGCAGCAGAACCAGAGCCCAGCGCAGAAAACCCGAGCAGUGCGGAAGAAGAGCAGUUCUCCGGUUGGAGAGAUCACCGACAGCGACUCGUACACGAGUCCGUCCAGCGCGUCCUUACCGGCCAUGACCGCCGCCGCUCCGAUGUCCAUCUGGAGCCCGGCCUCCGUCUCCCCCGAGCCUCUCUCCACCUCCCCGUCGUCCUGCAUGCAGAGAUCGUUCCCCAUCCCGUACAGCCCGGGAUUCUCCGGCAGCGCGGCUUAUUUCAGCGGCAUGGACUGCGGCUCUUACCUGGGCUCUGUGCAGCAUCACCCGGCGCAGGGUUACGGAUUCAGCGCCGCCUCGGACUGCUCGGAUUACAAAGAGCAAAGCGCUUCGUGGAGGCUCAACUUCAGCUCAGACUGUCUGGAUUACAAAGAUCAGACCACGUCGUGGAAGUUCCAGGUUUUGUAA